UUUGGCUGCCCUAUUUCAGCUCAGCCUGCACUUUGCUAUCUGGCCACAAGAUGGCAGUGUCACAUUGUUUUGGAUUAGUUUGCCUCCUCAAACCCAUGAAUGAAACCAAAUUCUCAUUUUUAAAAAAGGGUCAAUUAAAUAAUUUCAUCACCCAGAGCAUAGUGCAAGACGUUUUUCAGUGACGGAGAAGGGGAGGAGGACCACAGGCAGGAGAUACAGUGUGAUAUUGUUAACAAUGCAAAAAAAGGGUGUGUGUGUGUGUGUGUGAUUGGGUGGGUGGGUGAGUGAGUGAGAGAAAAGGGGGGAGAGACUGUGAGAGAAGAGAGAGAGAGAGAGAGAGAGAGAGAGAGAGCAGACACAGUACAACUGAGUGUUAAAAAAGUGGAGAUCUGAGAAAGCCUCCCAGUGUGUGUGCUGAGUGGAGGCUGCAGAAGGUUUUCUGCUGGUGCUACUGAGCUGCUCUCCCAGCGUUUAAUGUGGAGGUCGCUGUUCAACAUGGACUUCCAAAAGUUAACUCGUCCUGAAUGAACUUCAGGUGAGAGUGGAUCUUCAGACAGGAAUUUAUGCACUAUGGAGAUGUUCACCAGGCAGUGCUUUGUUUGGAUACUUCUGAAAGGAACCUUAUGUUUGUUGGUUCUUGGGCAACAUCAUGGCAACUUCACCUUCAGCAAGAGAGGAUCACCUGAACUCAACAGAGACCAAGACCCGUCUUCACAGAAAAAAUGGGCGCCCCAAACUAAGAGUUUGAUUCAGAACACCAAACUACCCAUCAACCCUUUUGUUCCUCUUUCAAAGCAGGGACUUCUGGAAAUACUUGGAGCAAAUCCCCAGUCGUACUCCAACCCAUCCUUAAAGAUAAAGCUUCGUCCCAUCGUGAAGGUCCAUGGAACAUCUAAAUUCUCUGGGACGUUCACUUGGGGGGACUUUUACUCAAACAUCAAAACUGUCAAACUGAAUUUGCUGAUAAUGGGCAAGAUCGUGGAUCACGGGAACGGCUCUCUCGGAGUCUACUUCCGCCACAACUCCACAGGUGUGGGCAACGUGUCUGUCAGUCUUGUCCCACCGAUGAAAGAGGUGGAGUUUGAUCUGGAGCGCCAAAGUGUGGUCAACCCCAAAGACUCGAAGACGUUCAACUGCAGGGUGGACUAUGAGAAAACCGAACGCAACAAAAAGGUGAUGCUGUGCAACUACGACCCAUCCAAGACGUGUGCUCAGGAGCAGACCCAGAGCCACGUCACCUGGAUGUGCUCCAAACCCUUCCAGGUCAUCUGCAUCUACGUGUCCUUCUACAGCACAGACUACAGACUGGUUCAAAAAGUCUGUCCAGACAACAGCUACCAGAGUCCAGGAGCCUACCUGCCCACAGGUUAACCAGAGGUCAAGCCAAGGAGAAAAGUGAAGAAUAAUGUUUCAGUAAAUCCAGUUUGAGCAGCUAAGAGCUAGUCGCAGGGACUGUUUUGGAGGUUUUUAAAGGGAUUCCAAAGUUUAGCAUUACUCUAGAGACUUACUCUAGUGUUUUUUUCAAGUCUUACAAUUCACCAAACAAUGUAAAGUAUAUGUUUUUAGAACAAAACCUUGCUUGUUGUAGACUACAAGGGUUGUAUUGUUUUUAUGAAUUGCACAUAAGGGCACUUAUUUUCAUUAUCGCUUGACGUGGCGAUUAUUUGUUACGAUAUUAAUCGGUUAAUCUUUCGGUUUUAUGAAAUGACAGAAAGUUGCGGUAAAUGCUCAUCACAACCUUCAAAAUACUUGUUUUGUCUGACCAACAGUUCGAAACCCAAAGAUAUUUAGUUUACAUAAGACAGCUAAAAGCAGAAAAUCCUUACAAAUGAGAGGCUGCAGCUAGGUAAACUUUUUUAAAAGAGUGACGUGAACGAUUCAUCGAUUCUCAAAAUAGUUGCCGAUUUUUCUAUCGGCCAGUUUAAUAAUCAAGUAAUCCUUUUAGCUCUACACAUAAUUCCUGCUGUAAUACUUAGCUGAAACUAGACAAUAGCAAGUUUUUUGGCUUGUAAGGGCUAAUAUAAUAUCACCAUCCAUGUUUGUAAUGCUCAAGAAAACAGACAAUAUAAAUAUCAGGAAAAACCAUUUGCAACACUCUUAUUUUGCAUUUCCCUUGUACACCUUUAUCAUAUGUCAUCCUUUAUCUCUCAUGUAUUUCCAAACACUCUUUACUGUACGUGUUGCCCAAUAAAAAACAAAUACGACUAUAAACACAAACCAGCAGGCUAUAACAGGUGAUGAUUUGAUGAUCUCUGGAGAAACUGUGGUAUAAAAGAGCACAGAGUGACCAUGAAAGUCCUUUAAACCAUCGUGAAGAUUCAAUAGUCCUGCUUCACAAACAAGCUUUAGAACCAGAUUUCUAUGUGUGAGUUUUUCCUUAACUGAAUUAAUGCUGUUUGGUACGAUCAGUGCUUGGUACAAAGCAGAGGGAAGAUGUUUAGACCUCAUGUAGGCUAUAAACAACACAAUGUACAGGUUUAGGCCUAAACAGGUUAUUAAUAGUAUAAGUGAACCCCAUUAGGAACCUAUUAUUUCAACUGAGAAAGUACAUUGUUUGUUUCACCUACUCAUCAAAGUGAUUGAUGAUGAUACCCAUGUACUCAUCAGUGGUGUUUCUGAUGUUAUUGUUGUUGCCCACAUGUUUAGGUAUUGGCUGCUCUCAUCUUUAUAGUGCAUAUUUCAAUGCAAUAAAAACAGCUGUGCAAGCAA